UUGAGGAGCGCCGACAUCAUCCAUAGCAAGGCAAAACACCUUUUGUUUGUGCAAAACAACAAUGGCGACACGCCCCUGCAUUGCGCCUCACGGGCCGGGAGGUCUCGAAUGGUCUCUCAUCUCAUUGGACUGGCCAGCUGGGACGAGGAUAAUACAGGUGUUAACAAAGGGAAGGAACUGCUGGAAAUAGAAAACAAGGAUAAGGAGACAGCAUUGCAUCAGGCAGUACGCAUUGGGAACAAUAGUAUAGUCAAGCUGCUUAUGAAGGAAAACUCAGAGUUGGCCAGUUUUCCGAAACAUGGCACUUCACCUCUGUACCUAGCCAUAUUGCUGGAAGAGGACAUCAUUGUUGAGACGCUUUAUAAUGCGAGUCACAUGAAGCUUUCUUACUCUGGGCAAAAUGGACAGAAUGCAUUGCAUGCUGCAGUUCUUCGAGGGACAGAAAGACCCAUUUGCAGAGCUUACAAAAAAGCUCCUGGAGUGGAACAAUGAUCUCACUACACAAAGGGAUGAAAAUGGGAGUACGCCUCUCCAUUUUGCUGCAGCUCUUGUACAGCAAAGUCAUCGAGGAAGUGUAUGUUCACUAAUAUUGGAAGCUAACCCAGCUGCAUUGUAUC